AUGGAAAGAUCGUGGAAACCUGGCAACCCUUUGCCUCGAGAAUUUGAAGAAGUUCUCUUCGACGAAGAUGAAGAGGACGCCGACGACGAUGUCGACGUUCUCGAAGAGGACGUUGAUAAUGAUGAAAUAGAUUUCUUUUUGAAUGGAUAUCGGCGCGACGUCGCAUCGAAGAUCGCAAUAAGUCCACUAACAGUGGGUAACCGCUCUCCUGUGGUAGACCGCUCUCCUGCUUCAGGUCAAUCCUCUGCACCAAUUCAAUCCCCCGCACCAGAGCGGUUCCGAAUAGAGGUGCUACCGUCACCUCCGUCCGAAAGAGGAUGGAUGAGAGGUGAACUGCUACAGCAACAAUAUGUUGCCGAUGCAGAGCUGCCUGAACAACUGAGGCAAGAUAUAAGUCGCAUUUUGGCUGCUAUAGUGAAUGUACGAAGGAGAUUGAACGUGGACGAUGAUAUGAGAGUGGAUGAAGGUUUGAUAAUGAAUGAUUAUGAUAUCAAUGAAGCAUUUGUAUGGAGACCUAUGAGUGACUGGAAUGGAGUGAAAGAGAGAUUUUUGCAAGAAUCAACAGGGCCGACUCGACACUUUGAUAAUGCGUAUCAGGCAUUACAUUCGUUUUGGACGAAUGAUAUAUUAAUGUCUCAUAUUGCCGUCGAGUCCAAUCGUUAUGCCCAGUCUCUUUCGGCCUCUCGACCAAGAUUUGCGAGGGAUUAGUACAAAACUAACGCUGACGAA